AAUAUUGUAACUUUAUUAAUUCGGCGUUUGUCGUAACAUUUUUUCUUUUUCGGAGAUCUCUCAAUCUUUCGAACACUAUCAUUUCCGAUUAUCGCGCCGAUUAAACACGCAGAGCCCGCAGAAAGUUUAAUGGGCCUCAUUAUUUCGACGAUGUGGACACGCGUAUCAUUGUUGACCGUGUGUUAAUUGAGUGACAGUGGAUAAAUAUCUCGUUGGUUGCAAAAAUAAUCGUCGUCGUCGUUAUCGCUCGUGCCAUUCUCGAUUUCGAUUGUCGUCUACAUCGUAGCCGCAGGAAGCAGCAUCCUCGGUAGAGAAAAAUUAUGGAGGUGUGCCAUGCACGUCGCGCGUCUAUUUUCAUGUGCCGCGAACGAUCAGUCGCGUUUUAAUUAGUUUCAAUUUCGGAAGUGCCGUAUACAAAGUAUAUCGCGCGAAUUCGAAAGUGUCGUGCAAAGUGUUUCGCGUUUCCGGGUGCCUCGCGGACGGUUCGCGCGGUCGUAUUUUCGCAAAUGAGUGCGACGACAACGCAAAAGGAGGACAAUCUGACAACCUGAGAGGAGGAGGGGGCCUAGAGGAGGCAUCGGGCGACGGCAGAGCAAUCAUGACGUCAGAACGUGAUAUUGAUGGACAAGAGGAACUGCAACCAUUCUGGAAUAGUUCGUCAACGCUUCUUUCGGACCUUCCAACGCGCGGACGAUUGGCGCACGCACCACGACCGAUCCGAUCCGGCGCACAACGGCCCUUCGGCCCUUCAUCCCCCGAGCUAGCAGAAUUCGUGACUAAUCGGCGAGGCGAGUGGAGCUGGAGCAUGUAACGGAGCGGAUGGGGGGAAUCGAGGCUGAAGGCUGAGAGGCUGAGAGGAGGCGCAUCAUCGCCAGAAUACGAAGUCGGGAUAAAUAGGAUGAUCAAAUAACCGUUGGAUAAAGACAUUCGAAGAUGAAUUGGCCAUUGGUGCUGACCUGCUUUUUGUUGCCGCAGUCGUGCAUUUUCGGCGCACAGCGCGGCUGCACGUUCCCGGAAGAGUGGUACGGCCGGUGGUUCCAGUCCGGGAACACGGAUCUGGUGACCGUCAACGGCUCCGAAAUCACCAGCAAGGGCUUCUGCAUGGAGAGAAGUGGCGACAAGUUUCUCGUUCACGACGUGAAGUACAGGUGUUAUCGGUGUAUUGUGAUGCAUGCACAACAUGCCAACGUGCUGCAAUACAAAGAAACUUAUUGCACGAGCGAUUCACCGGAACCGAGUCUGCUGACCCAAUGCAGCAUGUUGACCAGCGAUGCCACUCUGGUCUCUCUGUUUCGCUCCAAUGCAGCGCCGCUGCCCUGUCCCAUUAAGGGUCCCUUGGAAUUCACAUACAGCCAGGGUGAGGGCGAGUGCAACUCGCCGCGGUCACGGGCGGAAGCGUGCACGCAGGACUCGCGUCUGCUUCUGCGCUAUCAAGCGUGCGCCAACGUUCAUUCGUCUGAAAGCGUGGAUGUAGAAUUGGAGUGCCUGGCUCAUUGGAGGGAGGGCAGCACGAAUUACAUGGUCGCGCGUUUGAACAGCGAUCGUAACGAUCGUAAAACAAGCGACGAGGAGAGCUACAGAUGCUUUAUUUACACAAAUCCAUCGAACAACACGUGGAAUCUCGCGCAAAGCUCGGACGCCGCUUGCAAUGGAUUGAUUAGCGUCACCGAGGCUGCCAGGACAUUCAAGAUGACACAAAAAAAGCCACCGCAGUAUUGCGGGUUUCCGUCCUGGGUGGUCGCCGGUAAAUCGUGGGUGGCUUUGGAUCGAAUGGCGUCCCGUCUCAUGGCGUCGCCUUACAACCUCACGAUCCUCGACCGAAACGAGACCCGCCUUGUUUGCCAUUCGGUUGUCCCCAUUGAUGAUCAUCGUCAUCAUUAUUCCACGCCAAUCGAUAAGGAGAACCAAAGGCAAUUCGUCGCGAAGGCGACGCGAGAUUGGUAAGUCUAUCCAUAUUAUCUCUAUAUACAGGGGAGAAAAUAGAGUAAUAUAAGAUAAUAAUUUAAUGUUACCAGA